AUGGAGCGAUGUGCCUACUCAAUAAGUUCGCCGUUACCAGCGCAGACCUGCGACUCUCUUGAUGAUCCUGUCGCGAACGCGCCUCGCAUAGCUCCUACCAGCCGCAGCGGGAGAAGAUAUUGGAGCCUUCUUUCAGGGAACUUUCGCUCCUUCAGCCUGUGGGAAUCAACUCAAUGCCGCACGAAGCGCGGCAAAGGCGACGAUUUGUCGUCACCGCCGGUUGCCGGAAUCCAUUCGUUUGUCGCAAUUGGAGUUGUCCUCGCUAUAGUGUUCGUCGCUUCGUUAACAGCCAUCGGGGGAGUCGUAAACAGCCAGACCAGCACGCCGCGGGAGAUUAGGCUGGAGGAAGGAGGACGUAAAGGUGGGAGCGAAACGCGGCAAAAGGAGGAGGCUGAGGGGAAGGCGGAGGCCGCUGCUGGCAACUCCGCAGCCCGGAGGCAACAGCCAGUCGAAGCAGGUGGAGAGGCGGGGGUUGCGGGACAUGCGGGUGCGACAGUUGAAGCGGACGUCGCAGGGGGAGCGGACGUCGCAGGGGGAGCGGACAUCGCAGGGGGGGCGGACGUCGCAGGGGGAGCGGACACCGCAAGGGGGGCGGACGUCGCAGGGGGAGCGGACGUCCCACGGGAAGCGGAUGUCGCAGGGGAAAGAGAAGCAGCGGGAGAGUCAAAGGCAAUAGCGGAAGGGGGGGCGGCAUCUGCGGGUGGAGUUAGCGCCGCGGCAAUAAUCGCUGUGGCCCAGGGCAACCUAGGCGCACGCCUGCAGGCGCUUUGCCUUGCGCCCGCCAUCAGCGCGGUGUGGGGAGCGCGCGCACUGGGGGAGGGGGACGCGGGGAAGGCGGAAAGGGAGAAGGCUGGGAAGGUAGCGAUUUUAUGGAGUGACUCAGCGGUUGCUGACGUGGACGGAAGUGCUGCUGAUUCAGCUGGCGGCAGUCCCAAGAAGCGAUCCGUAGGGGAGGGGUACUUGGAUUUAUUCAGCGGGUUUCCCAGUGUAGACGCAUUAAGGUUAGACGAGAAGGAAAAUGCUGUUUGGCCGAGUGUGACUGUAACGGAAGCAGCCUCUGCUGCUCCUCUUUUAGAGUCACGGAAAGAGGUGCAAGUCUCCCUGCCGGCUUGUGCAGACGAGGGGUCAGCAUUGGCCAAUGAGAGUGCGACAAGUGGCAUCAGCAGCAGCAGGGCGGAGGUGCCUGAGUUGACUUUGUCGCUGUGGGUCCCUACCGAACUAAUCCACGUGGCAAGCAGGGAUUGGACCCCCCCCGAGGCAUGUUCCGCCCUCCGCCUCUUCCAGUCGUGCCUGGGCGCGCUACAGCCCUCGCCACGUGUCACCAGAUUACUGGAGGAGGGGGCGUUGGGGGAAACGGGAGCAGCUGCUGGAACAUCUGAGGGGGAGAUUAAGGAGGAGAGGGGAGGGGUGAAGGGGGGAUUUAGGGAGAGAUUAGCGCGUAGCACGGCAGUGUAUCUGGAAGCCAAUCAGGUGAUGCCAGUUGGCACGUGCGGAGGGUGCCCCGAGGACCCUCUACUCAACUGCACGCUUCGCACGCUGACGUGGCGCUACCUGCGCGUGCCGUCCAACUCGUCUGACGUGGACUUCACUGUAGCAGCUGCCUCUGCUACAGACGCUGCUACAGUUGCCGGCACCUUCCAUCCCCUGCGCGCCCCCCUCCUCCUCCCCCACUCUGCUGUCAGAACGGCCAUGGGGAAGGAGCAAGAGAAGCAGGAGACGGAGCCUGAUUCGCCAGCUGAAGCCUCUGCGAAUGAUAGUUAUGGGGGCGACAGCAGUGGGAGCCAGAGCAGUAGUGACAGCAACAGCAACGAGAUGAGCAGCAAGAGUGGGACGGGCAGGAAGAGUAGUGAGAACAGCAGUAACGGGCCGAGCGGGGCAGAAGGGCUCGAAUGGAGCUGUGGCCAGCUGGAGCUGGCGGAGCUGCUGCUGCUGGCGUGGGCUCGAGGGCUCAUCCACUCACGGCCCUCCAUAGAGGCGCUCUUCAUCGCCGCCCAGGGAAGACGGCUGCGGGCGAGUCAGAGCAGCAGUGUGGGGAAAUAUGACGUAGCCUCUGCAGGGGCAGCUGCAGCCGUUGUGGCUGCAGUUCCCCAAGCAGCUGCGUUUGCGGUGGAGAAGAGUGUGUGCGCUGCCCCCCGUGCGGCUGGGUUUGUCAACCAGAAGUUCCUGCUUCAACUGCUCGUGGACGAGGAGCUCAAGACAGUGUACUGCUCGGUCCCCAAGGUGGCCUGCACAAGCUGGAAGGUGUGGUUUCGUGAGCAGCUGUCCGAGCGGCUGGGCGGCAACAAGUCGCCCAGCGUGAAGCGGUUCGCACGCCUCUCGGUGCACAGCCCACUGCAGAGCGGGCUGAGCAUCAUGGGGUACGGGUUUGAGGAGCACGAGAACAUUCGCUUCCUCACGCGGCCCGACUUCUUCAAGUUCUCGUUUGUGCGCAACCCGUUUACACGGAUAGCGUCGGCGUAUCUGAACAAGCAUGUGAAUGGAGGAGGCUUGCACGGCCGCAAGUAUUGGAACGAGCGCUUCUUUGUGGGAAUCCGGGCGUACAACGCAUUCAUGAAGAGCCAGAACGGCAGCGACUUCAUUCCCUUCUCCACCUUCAUGUCGUUCCUCCAGCAACGAGCCACACGUUGUGUCGAGUGCAUGGACCCCCAUGUUCGCCCCCAGAUCGACCUGUGCAAGUUGGAUGCGAUCCGAUACGAUUUUAUUGGGCGGUUUGAGAACCUAGAGGAGGAUGUGGCAAAGGUGUUGCGGAAGUUUGGAAAGGAGGAGAAGAAUCCCUUCCAUGAUGCCCAUUGGGCGCACCCAACUAAUGCUUCAGCUAGGCUUCUCGAGCUGUAUGACAAGAGCGCAUUUGAGGAUGCUACGAGUGCAUACAGAUCAGAUUUCAGUGUUCCUCUGAAUGGUCUAGAUUUUGGACCGCCACAAGCUCUAGUGGACAAGUUUGAGUCCAAGAGCUAA